CCACAUCCCAAAGCCCCAAAAUCCUAAAAAUAUCAAUCAAACAGCUUAGCAUUUAAAGCUGCAAUUCAAUCCGGAAAGGCAACUGAAAGGAGUAGUUCCAAUGGCGACCUUCUCAUCCGCCGCAAUCACGCCCUCACUCUCUCUCAAUCCACCCAGAAGAUUCGCCUCUCUCUCCUCCUCCACCUCAGUCUUCUUCAGCUCCAAUGUCUGCAGCCAGGCCAGGCUCGGCCUCGCGGCGGUUCGCCCCAGGGAAGCGAAGAGGAGGGGGAUGUCGUGCAACUGCCUUUUCGGCCUCGGAGUGCCGGAGCUCGUAGUUAUCGCCGGCGUCGCCGCGCUCCUCUUCGGCCCCAAGAAGUUGCCCGAAAUUGGAAGGAGCAUUGGCAAGUCUGUCAAAAGCUUUCAGCAGGCAGCCAAAGAAUUUGAGACAGAACUGACCAAGGACAGCGAGCCUUCUCCUGAGGCGUCCAACGAGAAGCCGACGACCGUGAGUGAAGAAGAGAAGCAAGAGGAUAAAGUCCCCAGCGCAAAUGGAAGUUCUUGAGACUUCACAUUCACCCCUUUGUGUUGGCAGUUUGUUGUAGUUGAUCAUUCCACAAUGUUGUACUUGUUUAGAUAUAAAUAUCUGUGUUUUCAGUAUUUCAUCAAUAAAUCUCAAGUCUUGAGUUUCCAGUUCA